AUGCACUCAGCCUGGACUCUUGUUACCCUUCUCCUCGCCUCCUCCGCUUCAGCUGUCUUGGGCGGCAAGUGUAAUGCUCCACGCGAAGCGGGUGAGAACAACAACUGCUUGGGAGGUUCCUACAAUGAUUGUGUAGCGAGGAACAACCAGCUGUGCACCGGCGAAUGCUUUGGCCAGCCCGCCGGCGGAGCUGGCGCUCCAUGCUACACUGGAUGCACUACUAGGAACCAGCAGUACUGCGCUGGCUACUGCAUGAAGAUCAGCAACUGUGAUGACUGCAUUGAGAGUCUCAAGCAAAUGGGUGCUGCGGGAUCCGAUGAGCAACACAAGGAGACUUGUAGCCAGGAAGAGCCGUCGUCCGGCUUAAAAUGUCUGCGCACGCUGAAUAUUAUUCCUAAAGCUAAGCUGCCCCUCAAAUAUUCUUCGACUCCUCACCCCUUUGUGACCUCCAUCACCUUGAUCAGACUUGACCGACCGUCCAGCAAAAACGCCGACAAAAUGACCCGUUGGUCCUCCUUACCUACCGAGAUCCGCUGUAUAAUCUUGGAGACCCUGACAGCACACAAAUCCAUCGCACCGUACGCCUCGGUUUCAACGGAAUGGCGAGACUUCAUUGAAAAAAAGACCUUUGCUCAUCUUAGACUUCAUCCCUUAUGCCUCGACCACCUCGAGCAGCUCGACGAUCACUACAGGGGGAGAAUCGAGCAUCUAUGGCUCAAUAUAGAGCUCAACCGAUAUACUUGUCGAUCGUGCCGAAAGAGAGAGUCGCUUACAUUGUCAUAUUCCAUUGCAAAGAUCCUAAACGAAGCCAUCACCAGGCUAUUCUCCAUCCUGACGACGUGGAGAGAGCCUUUGACUCUGGAACUCAAUGCUUACUGCCCAAGCGAUUCGGAACACUGGUUCAAAAACAGUUACUUCGGAGCUCCCGGUGAAGACAAAUUCGAGUGUCAACCGCAUAGCCCAGAUCCUAUUCACGAUCCAGAGCACGGGUGGUCUAGGGGCCGUGUAACUAAAGCGCCACCAGACGACGCUCUACGACGUCCUUUUGGACAGGUAUCUGAGCUCAAAUUUCGACAGAGCCUCCCUUCAGUCCAUGCUGUGACUAAAUUCGUUGUACGUCGGCACCUCCCGGAAAGCGUUAAAAAAGUCACCAUAUUCGAAGAUUUCAAUGAGAAUUUCCUGGAAUUGUUUGCUCUCGGUAGAGGUUUGCUCUCAGAACUAAAUCCAGAACGAGUCAGACUUCCCUAUCCCAUCCUCGGCGCUGUAUUUGCCGCGCGAAGCCAGCAGCUCGAGCAUCUUUCCAGAUGGCCUCAGCUACAAACUCUCUCACUGACAUCCCGAGCAAUCGCCAAGGCCGACGACCAUCAAACCAACAAGCUCUUUCAAACCGCUGCACAAGUCGCACUAAACAUGCCUAAGCUCCAGACACUGACCAUGUGGCAAGGAGAAAGAAGAGAAGCUUGUGCUUUUACCUAUCGCCGAAAGUAUAGUUCGAUACACUGGCAAGGUACACGAGAUCUGAAGUUGGAGUCUCAGACCAUCAAGGCGUGGGAGAAGGUUACCGUGAAAUACGCUGAGAGAGUGCUUACAGUCGAUAAAAGUCUUUUCAUGGAGGAUAUCACCUCUCAUGGGGAUGCUGUUCACUAUUUGGAGUCUCUUGGCUUUGAUUACAUUACAGAGGUGGCUUUAUGGAGAGGAAUUGCGGCUAUAGCGGUUCUUCAGAGCGAAGCAGACGAUCUUACUAUCUGGUUCGCAGAGGGGAGCCAUAGCUUGACCUAUCAUGUCCAAUUUGAUCUUGGCAGGCAGUAUCAGCCUAUUGUCAUGUUUUCCUACAAUAGCACAGGAAGCGUGCUCGGCCCAACGCAAAUCCGCCUCCUCCAUCUACUUCCAGUGACGGAGAACAACGACUCAAUUGAGUGUCGUCUCGAGGUUGUCGCACUCGAGGAAAACCCUGUGUAUGAAGCUCUUUCGUAUUGCUGGGGCGACAGCUCUCAGCUUCUGGAGAUAAAAUGCAACAAUGAAGCAUUCCAGGUCACCGAAAACCUUCUCAGUGCACUCCAGCACUUGAGGAACGAGCAUACCGAGCGACCGCUAUGGAUCGAUGCCAUUUGCAUCAAUCGGAAAGACCCGGAGGAGCGCCAAUCCCAGGUUAAACUUAUGAAAGACAUCUACACCAAAUCCCAGAGGGUGGUUAUCUGGCUGGGUCCCGAUCUAGCCUCUGAUGGAAUCAACCACCUGUUCAAACUGAUACCAACGACUGAAUAUCUUGCACUGCCUCAUAUUAGCAAAACUGGUGGCUGGUAUCAAGUCGAGGACAAAGCUUCCUCCGAAGCCCCGGCUAAGUAUGAUUUUGUUGUACCAGACCCAGCCAAAGAAGGCGCAGUCGCUCUACUGAAGAGGCCAUGGUGGUCAAGGGUGUGGACUGUUCAAGAAAUGGCUCUAGCUCCCAGUGCGAUCAUCAUGUGCGGCGAUUUAGCUGCCCCAAUCAUGAUGUACGCAAUCAGCAACGCUUUUAAUACAGGGGAUGGCAAAGAUGUCUUUAAUCUGGAAGACAGCAUGUUGGCCGACAAUGAUGGCAAACUUGCCGUCGCCAUACUGCGGUUGCGUCGCAGUUUCGGGAAGAAAAAGGAGCUUGCAGCGCUGCUCCAUCUUCUUCGGUGGCUGAGAGCCAAAGAUCCGAGGGACAAGGUAUACGGCUCUCUAGGCAUCGCCACAUCAACAUAUGGGAUCGAGCCAGACUACACUAUUUCCAUUGUGGAAUGCUACACACGUGCAGCUUUUAAGAUAAUAAGCGGUAGCUGCUCACUGGAGAUUUUCAGCGCUUUGGGAAGGCCGUCUUGUAUACCACCUACUUUGACAAGCUUGCCUUCCAUCAAGAACCCAAUUAUAAGGGAGAACCAGCGAGCACCAAAGUUGUUUGAAAUGAGGGACGCGUUUCCCGAAGAAAAGGCGUCCAAAUCCAACAGAACUUUCACUGGAAGACUUCUAAACGAUGGAAAAACACUCAUUCUCAAGGGUGUCAUCGUGGAUGAGUUGAAUAAUGUUGGAGACAAGCUGAUAUACCCUUACGAAGGGCCUCGGAUACAAUCUGACGAUGUAGUCAUGAGCUCAAUUCGAAAUUUCAAGCGAAAUGCGAGAAUCGCUGAGGCUAUUGGGGGAACCAUAGCUGUUAUCCAAGGUUGGCAAGACCUGGCGUUCAAAACUGAAAAUCUUUAUACGAUGCCCGGUGAAACCCGAAAGGAUGCUUUACUCACAACCAUAAUAAGAAACCGGAUUCUUCUCAGUGCUAAUCGACGCCAUGUUCUGGACUGUUUUGAACAGAGUAUAGCAGGGUUUGAUAUGACCAUGACUGGCACAGUUAUAAACCAGCUGCAUCUCUCACACGUGGUACCAAAACUCUAUCGCCAACUACUCGGGUACAAGAAAGUAAGCAACAUGGAAAUGAGCGACAUAUUCACAAUGGGGAAGUCCCUCACCGACGUGCAGUGGGCUUUUGAUCAAAGAAUGGCGACGACGAGCUCGGGAUAUCUCUGUUUGGUUCCUUGGCCUACUCGCUCUGGUGAUCGGAUUGCGCUGCUUCAGGGAGGGAAGACGCCCUAUGUGCUGCGGAAGGCUGGGGAGAAAUGGAAGAUCCUUGGGGAUUCCUACGUUUAUGGAAUCAUGUCUGGCGAGGCAUGGAGUAAUGAAAAGGGGCUCCGCUUGGGGUAUUCACCACGACGAGUAAUUUAUCCUAAUGGGUACACUUUCGACCCAUUUCGCUUCGUACUGUUACACAAAGAUGAGGGUAUUCGGGACAGUGCGGAUGGACACACUCUCAUCACUCCUUCACAGAACCAUGUUCCAUUUGGGAUUGGAAAGCUUUCUUGUCCUGGGACACAAUUUGCAGCUGUUGUCACAAAGGUGUUUCUCGCGUAUUUGGCGAUGAAUUAUGACUUGGAAGAGGUCCAUGAGAAGCCUCGUUUCUUGACGAUUAGCCUCGUCAACCGCGUGGGCCACGAUCCAUCAAAGCCAACAGUGAUCCGUCUCUACGGUCUUCCAGCUACCGGGAAGUCCACCGUUCUCGAAGGCCUGCGCAACAAGCUCGGCGAGACAGAGUUCGCGUUCUUUGAUGGCUCCGACGUCAUUUCCUACCUCGUCCACGGUGGCCUAAAAGCCUUCCAGAAACUCGAAGACCCCGAAAAGCAAAAGUGGCGAGCGGAAGCCAUCACCCACAUCAAGAAUGAAGCUGCAGCCAGUGGCAAAAUCGCUGUCGUCACUGGACACUUCAUGUUCUGGUCAAAGGAGGAUAGUUCCCCGUACGCUGUGUACAUGCUCGAAGACUUAGAGACCUUCACCCAAAUCAUCUAUUUAAACCCUAAUGCAUUUGACAUGACCGGCUUGAGCGCGGAGAAUUGGGUCCUUUGGCAAACCCUUGAAGUCACAAUCUUGCGAGACCUCUGUCGUCAGCAUAAGAUUCUCUUUACCACUCACUUCCGAGAGCUCGCGCCAGCUGGAUCAAAUCUCGCCCAGGUGAAGAAGCGGCUUGGCGAGAUCAUCGCUCUGCACGACAGCAAAGAGCUUCAGACAUUCUUGGUCUUUGGUGGCGACAGGACCCUGUCGGCUGAAGAUGGUGGUCGUCUCCUCGUGGAUGAGCUGGAACAAAACGGCACGGGACUGAAAGACUCUGCCAUGAGAGACUUUUUCAGUAGCCCGAUGGGAAUUCAGACGAGGCAUUCCACCAGGCUACCUUUCUCUUGGAAGAAAAAUAUCCUCGAGCACCAUGGCCUGUCGGACAGCGUCAAAGUGAUUGGUGGUGGUAGAUUCUCGGAUGGAUACUUCGUCACUCCUGGAGUCAAGGCCGCUGUCGUGUCGCAUCUCAGAGACGUGCAUGACCUCAAUAAGUAUGACGCUACCAACAAAGCUGCCUCCAAUAUUCUCAUGUCGCCCAUGCGCAGCGCUGCAGUAUCUGGCCCCAUGUUACGAGCAGCAAAUGCCAAUGUCGGCCGUUACCUAGCCACUGAGUACGUAUCCAAACUCAUCGGUCUUGAGGAGUUCACCAUCUCGCACGUGCAGGGCCAUCAGACAACCGGUCAUCGUCUGCGCAACGAAGCUAAGACUUCAAUCAUCGCUUUUAUGCGCGGUGGCGAACCCAUGGCAUUCGGCAUCAGCGAUGUGUUCCCACAAGCCAUGUUCGUUCACGCUUCUAGUGCAGAUGAUGUCAAGAAACAUCACGUUCAGGGACAGUUGAACGUGAUCUUGGUGGACUCUGUGAUCAAGAGCGGCAAGAGCGUCAUUGAGCUCAUCAAGCGCGUCGUCCGUCUUGAACCCAAUAUCAGUAUUACAGUCGUGGCUGGUGUAGUUCAGACUGAGGCAAUCGCUGAAGGUCAUCUCUUUGCAAAGGUGAUGAGACGACACGGUGCUGGAUUGAUUGCACUCCGAAUUUCGGAGAACAAAUUCACGGGAACGAAGACGACCGACACUGGGAAUCGGCUCUUCAACACGACUCGCUUGGCUUAA